GUCGUAAGCACCGGUAGGGUUUACGACACCACGCUGUGUGUACGGUCCUAAGUGUUGUAGCUACGAUAGUGCAGGUAACAUGUGAGAAGUUUGGAUUAGGUUUCUAGGACUUUAUUAAAGAAAAAAAUAUAUAUUUUUAAAGUAUCCAGGGCGUCAUGCGGGAACGGUCGCUUCCCGCCUCUCCCAACUGGUACUGCUCGCGCUGCAGUGAUGUCAGCAGCAGCGGUUUGCUGGGCGUCGGGGCCAAAAACAUCAUCUACUUGAUAGAUGUGUCUGCAUCUUCGUGUAGAGUGGCAGGUGAGCUCGUGGGCCAUAAGGACUUGGUGUCCGGCUUCUCGUUUUGCCAGCAUGCAGGGCAGAGUCACAUCUGUGUCAGCUCCUCCAGCGAUGGCAGUGUCCGUUUCUGGGACUCCAGCAGCAAGACUCUUAUUAGGGAGCACGCAGCUCAUCAGAGCUCCGUAUCAGCGCUGCACUGGUCCCCUGUGGAUAAAAACCUGGUGGUGUCCGGGGAUGAGAAAGGCGUGGUGGUCUGUCACUGGUACCACACGGGUGACACGACCAGCUUCUUCCCUGAGCCCAGAACCAUCUUCUGCCUCACCUGCUCUCCUCAUACCUGGAGCUAUGUGGCUGUUGGGUACAAAGAUGGGAUGAUCGUGCUGAUUGAUGUGAGUAAGAAAGGCGAGGUGAUUCACCGUCUCCGUGGACACGACGAUGAGAUCCAUGCGCUGGCGUGGUCACCUUUGGCCCAUGAAGAUGCCCUCUACACCAGACCUGAAGACGGUGAAGCAACCAAUGGAGUGUCUGGAGGAGGUGGCUGCUAUCUCGCAUCUGGGAGCAAAGACCAGACUGUAAGGCUCUGGAGUACAGCCAAGGGAAAAGGUGUCAUGACUCUGAAGCUGCCCUACCUGAAGAGGAGAGGCACCGCAGUCGACCCCGGGGUGAAAGAGCGUCUCUGGCUCAGCGUUCAUUGGCCGAAGGGACGGCCGACGCAGCUCGUGUCCAGUUGCUUCAGUGGUGAGUUGGUCAUGUGGGAUUUAACCAAGACAGGGAAGCAGAGGUGGACCCUGUUCGGCACAUCCUCAGAGGGUCAGAACCACAGCAGGAUCGUCUUUAACAUGAGUUCGGUUCACCUGCAGGAUGGCAGAGAGCUGCUCAUCAGCACCUCCAUGGACAGAGAGGUUAAGUGCUGGGACCUGGCCUCUCUGGAGUGCUGCUGGACUCUGCCCACCCUGGGCGGUUUCGUCUACGCCCUGACCUUCUCCCCCGUGGGUACUGGAUGUCUGGCGCUCGGUGUCGGUGACAACAUGAUCCGGGUGUGGAACACGCUGACCACUCAGAACAAGUACGACAUCAGGUCCUUCUGGCAGGGGAUCAAGUCCAAAGUCACAGCGCUGGCGUGGCAUCCGACAAAAGAGGGAUCUUUGUCUUUUGGAACAGAUGAUGGGAAAGUUGGUAUCUAUGACGUCUUCUCCAACAAGCCGCCUCAGAUAUCGAGCUCCUAUCACAGAAAAACGGUGUACACGUUGGCCUGGGGGCCGCCGGUCCCCCCAAUGUCAUUUGGGACAGCAGGAGGAAAACCUUCCUUUAGUCUGUACAGCUGUGCCGGCGAGGGCGUCAUACUCCAGCACGAUCCAUACAAGCUGAACGGAGAGGCGUCGGACAUCGACAAGCUCAUCAGAGAUACUAACGACAUCAAGCACAAGCUGUCUCCACACACCGACCUCAGCUGGAAGCCAGAUGGGAAAGUUGUUGCCAUCGGCAACGAGGAUGGGUGUAUCGACGUAUAUCAGGCUCCCAGUCUGAAGUUGCUGUGCAGCAUCCAGCAGCACCACAAGAUCAUUAACACGUUACGGUGGCAUCACGACCACAGCUCUGCACUUGAGCUGCACUGCCUCCUGGCCUCGGGCUCCAGCAACGCCAUCGUUUACGUGCACGAUCUCCGCUCUGUUAUAGAAAAUCCUCCAGAAAGCCCCGUGGUGCUGACGGAGCCCUAUCGGAGGUUGUGUGGCCAUACGGCUAAAAUCACCGGCAUGGCCUGGAGUCCGCAUCACAACGCUCGGCUCGUCACUGUCUCAUAUGAUGGCACAGCGCAGGUGUGGGAUGUUCUGGAGGAAGCAGCUGUCUCUAACUACAGAGGACACGUUGGUUAUCUGCUGUGUGUGGACUGGUCCCCUGUGGAUCCAGAUGUGAUCUGGACUGGAGGGAAGGACUUCACCUUGCAGGAGUGGAGCGUCUCCAAACAAGAGUUCACAAAGCCGCCUAAAGGGAAAAAGAUGGUCGACCUGAAAGAGAAGAUGAAGGCCAAUACGAAGCAGAAGAAGAAGAACAAGAAGGCUGGGCCAUCGGGGGCCGAGGGAGCUGCACAGCCAGAGGUCAAUGGAGCGCCGGUGACAAUCGGAGAGAGGGCAGUGACGGGACAAGGGGUGUCAGGUGAAGAUGACGAAGAUGAAGCCAGCUCAACAAGCAGCCCAGCACCUUCACCAGCCACAUUUGAGAUGCAGAGAAAAUCCUCGGCUGCUGUAAAGAGUAAAGACAAGCCAGACUUAACUGGGCUGAAGAAGAAAAAGCCUCGCUCCAUGUUGCCUCUCAGUACAUCCAUGGACCACCGGCCCAAAGACGAGCUGCUGCAGGACUGCAUCACUCUGGCUUCUGUCAGACACGACAACACACCUCCCACAGGCUGUGUCCCAGGCCAGGGAGAUCAUAUCCAUCUGGGCCUGUUUGCUGACAGACAGGCUCUGUACCGCAUGUUUGAUGCAGAAGAGGAGGGCCACGUGGAGGCGGGUCACUUCGACUCCGUAGUGUACCUGCGGCUGUGGAGCGGCGACCUGGAGGGGGCGCUGCAGCUCGCCACAGAGAAAGGAGAGCUGAACGACCACCUGCUCUCCAUCGCUCCCAUGGCUGGGUUCGUGGUGUGGAGCCGGACAGUGGAGGCCUUCGUCAAGCAGCUGUGUCUGCAGGAGCAGUACCUGAAAGCGGCGUCCCACCUGCUGUCCAUCAACAAACUCUACGAGGCAGUCGACUUGCUGCGCUCCCACAAGCUUUACAGGGAGGCCAUAGCGCUGGUUAAAGCCCGGCUGCCAGCAGACGAACCUCUCCUGAAGGAGCUGUACACGUGUUGGGCUGCAGUGCUGGAGAAAGAUGGGCAUUUUUCUGCAGCAGCUAAGUGCUACCUCGCUGCCGAUGCCAGCUUUGACGCCGCCAAGGUCAUCGCCAGGAAGAAUGACGUCUUGUCACUGAGGACCGCGGCCAGUCUAGCAAGAAUCUCAGGAGACUCCUCUCUGGCUCAGUCUCUGUCGCUGAGAUGUGCCAAAGACCUGGCAGCCGCUCGAGACUGGGUCGGAGCACAGGAGGUCCUGAGUUUGCAAGACAGCCUCCUGGUCCACAGGCUGCAUCUCUGUGUGGCUGAGCUGCUCUCUGAGAUGCUGGGAGACUCUGAAGUUAGUCCUGCAGCAUCCUGCGCCUCCCGUCACCCGUGGGCGUCACCGGGUGAGCGUCACAUUAGCAUCAUGGAUCGAGUGAGAGAUGUGUGGGAGGAGCAGUUUGCUGUUUCACAUCAGAGCCUCGGGGCUCUUCUGCAGGAGCUCAAGUCUGCAGAGAGCCCAAUGCCCACUGCUAACAGUCCUCUCAGACAGGUCCUGCUGCAUUCAUCCCUCCACCUGACCUGUGCUGUGCUCAGCUGGUUACUGGCUGAUGAUGAUCAGCUGGUGACAGAGCUGUGGCACGCAGUGGCUUGGCCGAGAGAGGCCGGACACUUCUGUGUCUCUGCAGAGCUCUGCAGGCUGCUGUUCCCAGAUGGCGAUGUCAGUGUUAGUUUUCGGAAACAUCCCAAAGUGCUUCAUCACACGGAAGAAGCAGCCAAAGCUGCUGCCAGCAGUCUUCAGGCUUUUGUCCUUUACCACCGCCUGUAUGAAUGCUGGUGGAGGACCUCGGGAGGCAGCCAGGAGAUCCAGAACGGCCUCUCCCUGUCGUUGCCUGACUCGUCUCCUGAAGAUGAAGUGAAGGAUGAGGUGUCAAACGGAGGGCUGUUGGAGUCUGCAGAGACCCACCGUCCUGUGAGUGGGAGUUUUCAUAAACUGGGCUUAGAUCCAUCACUCCUUCUGUGUGAGCCUCACGCUGCCUGCCAGGCCACCCAGAGAGCUGUGAGACAGAUCCAGCAGCAGCUCGCCGCCAUGGUGCAGCAGCACAGCCAGACCCAGGGAGGGCAGCUCGACUCUGGGGAGAAACGGGAUGACAGCCCUGCAGUGAUUUCCACCACCAGGGAAUCCUCAGACAGUCAGGACUCUGCUGAGGCUGAGCAGGGUUCUGAGGACCCGGAGACUCUGCUGUCAUUAUCCUCGAAGAUGUCCAAGCAUCAGAAAGAGCUGGCUGAGCUGCCAAACACACUCAAGGUGUACCCUCACCCAGAUGUUGUGGAAUGCUGUCUGGUUCUUUUGCAUCUCAGCAAAUCUUCAAUGUCUUUCUCGGACUCGCUCCUACAAGAAGCUAAAGAUCUGCUUCGUAAAUAUGGGACAAGUCCCUCUGUCCUGAAAGCCUCGCAGCGAUUCCUCAUCUGAUUCAUUUGCUGGCAGUUUGGGGACCCGCCUGAUGGUCUGACUUCAUGUCUCCGCUGCUACACUGACUGUUUACCUGCAUCCACACAAAGCAUGCUCAGAUGUGUUCAGUCAGACACCUCAAAAAGCACGUGGUUCCAAACUGCAGACUUUACACACUCUGAUAUGUUUCUUUGAGUUUUCUGAUACACUCAAAGCAGCAUUUCUGCAGUUUUUUUCUACAAUAAAAACAAACUUAAUAAAAA